AUGACAAACUCUAUGCAGAAUCUGCCACCUCGAAUUGAUGUUAAGCACGUCCACGAGAAACGCAGAAGUAGACAGGACUCCAAAGCCUCGCGCCCCCCAUCUCUCCACCGUUCCUCGUCACUCGUUUUCCGCACACUGCCGCCUAUCAGGCGGAUGCCUUCCUUACAAGUCUCGUUGGCAGACAUUACCAACCCCCACAGUUUAUCCACACCCCGCCGCUCCCUUCACCAGAUUUCAGAAACGGAAGCAACAACCUACAAGCUGAAGCUGCCUUUGACUUUGGUGCACCCCAAUUCGCCGUAUGUCCCAUGGGAUGCUCCGGUUCGCCAGAAGAUUCUUUGUCCCGCUUCUGAAGUUCCCCAAGACGAGUCGGAAGAAGAGACGGAGGAGACAGUUCCUGACCCCGCGAACCGAGGUGACAAGAAGCCCAUCAAACAUAUAUGGACGGCGUUGAAAUCGGCUCCCAAGACACUCAAGACACGGUGUCAACGGCUGCUGGGACCACGAUCCAAGGAUCUCAACUCUCCGCCUUCCCAACCCCAACCCAGCGAGCCAGUUCCGGAUAACCCAGAUGACAGCAAGGAGCAAGUUAUCACGUAUACCCUAGAUGCAUCCCAUGGUGCACUGUACUCCCCCGCGACAUCAUUCCGCUCCUCCGACACGAACACCCUCGCCAUCUGGCUUGCAGAACGCCAGCGGAAAUUCCUGGAGAAGGACUGUGAGUCUGGGAAGAUCAUGACUAUCGAAGAUUACGAACGUUUGGGCAGCUGGAUUAAACCUGGAGACCCUCGCUUUUGCUCCCGUAGCUCGUACCACUGCAGUUUCGUCGACGGCGAUACUGUCUCCAGCAUCUGCAUCAUGGAAAGCGAGCAUGACCUAGCAUCCUCUCCCAUUGUUGAAACCCCGUGCUCGGCAACCCAGUCGCCAUUUCUUCGCUCUCCAUGCCACUCUGGUCGUUCACCCUACGGCGCGAAGAGGGUAUCGGAAGAGGAUAGGCUAUCGCGCAUCGUGCACCGAUCGUCACUGCGCUCAUACUUGGUCGAACGCUCUCUCAGCGUGCCCAACGCCCAACAACAACCUUGACAGUCCUGUCCCGCCGGCCAACGGCGCACCUCUUCGAAACACGGCGAGGCUGUACUACCAACACUUACACCCGUCUCGUUCUUAAUCGUAAGCUAUUAGGGG